GCUUGCGCACCCGAGCAUUGUGACGUGCCAUGGUGCGACGUGGCGAGGCGAGGCCAUGGACGCGGCGCGCAACGACCUCUGCUGCGUGCUCGAGUUUAUGGAGGACGGCAACCUCGAAGACUACUUGGCGGCACACCCGUCGCUGCCGUGGUUUCCCACCAAACUGCAAUGGCUCUACGACAUUGCGCUCGGGCUCGCGUAUCUGCAUCGCCUUGGGUUCAUCCACCACGACUUGGAUCCGUGCAACGUCCUGUUGCGGGGCGACCACGCCAAGCUCUGCCAGUUUGGCCAGUGCCUCCACGCCACGGAAGACGUCGACGAGGUUGCGACCAAUGCCACGUACGCCGCGCCUGAAAUCGCCCUCGAGAACUGCAAUCUGCCCGAAAGCGACGUCUGGUCGUUUGGCGCGCUGCUGGCGACCAUGGACCGGCACAUGGCGUCGUUUCUGCGCAACUGCGGCGAUGAGGACGAGGACGAGGACCAGAAUGACGCGAUGAUGCUGACGCUCAAGAUGGCACACGCACUCGCGGAAGAGCACAUGACACCUGCUUUCUCCAACUUGUGCCCGCCCGAGAUUCUGUCGCUGGCGCGCGACUGCCUGCGCAUGGACCCUUCCUGUCGCCCGACCGCCGACGAGCUCGUCGCGCGCAUCGAGACGAUCACAGACGAGUACAACAUGGUGUUAAAACCACUGCCCAUGUCGGCGGUCGCCGAGAAGCGCGAAGCCGAGCUUCUUAACGUGCUGCCGCCGCGGCUACGACGCUACUGA